AUGCCAGCCGACCCAAUGCGCCCCCGGACGACUGAUCCCACAGGCAGUAAUAAUAAUACCCAUGAUAGCCCUCAUCUCCGCCGCUAUAGAGAUAGUGUCACCAGUAUAGACUCGCUCUCCCGGUCUCAAAAGCCGGAUGCCAACCCGAGCCGGUCCUCGUCCAGUGGCUUCUCAUCCACUUCGUCCUCGAGAAAUUCCCCGCUUCACGAGCGGGCCCCGAUCAUUGCGGGGACGCCGCCGCGAAAUUAUCAGUCGACAGAGGAUGUUCACAACUACCCUCCCGAUUCGAACGAUAACCGACAGCGAGCGCCACAACCACCACAGCCCCAAGCUCAACAGGCUCGAGCAGGAUCUCCAGCCGCCUCAAUGGAGAGUCACUCUACUUUCGGCGAAGGCCAAUCAUGGUAUAAGCGGGCCUUGGACAAGUAUGGAAGCCUGGAAUUAGAUAACAAAGGCAGCGUUGCUAGAGAUCAUCUCGCUCUGGAACGAACGUUCCUCGCCUGGCUCCGCACUUCUCUCGCAUUUGCCUCGAUUGGCAUAGCGAUAACCCAGCUUUUCCGUCUCAACACAUCCAUCCAGCGCUCGCCCACCUCCGCCUCAGCCAAUUCUAACCUCGCUCCUCCCGUCAUAUCAGAGGAGUACCAACUUAACGAUUACAACUCCAUCGGUUUCGUCGAAGAGAGCAGGCGAUUGCGCAGUAUGGGAAAGCCUCUCGGUGCGACAUUCAUCGGAGUGGCAAUCGUGGUCUUGGUGAUGGGUUUUCACAGAUACUUCCAGGGUCAAUAUUGGGUGGUGCGAGGAAAAUUCCCUGCUAGCCGGGGCAGUGUGGCGAUCCUUGCUUUUAUAGCAGGCGCCCUGAUGGUGAGUAGUUUGGUGGUGAUUUUGGCUAUUGCUCCGGGGGCGGUUGAAGCGUGA